AUGAUGUAACAAUCUCUCCGCGCAUGUUCACAGUCUCCGGGUGGACGGUGUUAUCCUCUCCGCUCAGAGCUGAAGUGUGUCGGUGGUGUGUUCGGGAAAGACUUUCGUCUCUUCCGUCGGGAUCACUGUCUGCGGGCCGAAGAUAUCACUUUCCCAUCGUUAGACUGCAGUGAGAGAUUUAUUGGAAGAAAAACCACAACUGAAGACAAGGGAACAGCAACAAGUGAACCAGCCCGAGAACUGAGAGCAUAAACUGGAGAGGACCCAUCUGACUCAGGGUUUCCAUUGAUUCAGUCAGGAGAAAGUCUGGUUAAAAAUGACAAAGAAUUAAUCUAUGGGAAUCUCGAACACCACACACCAGUUUUGCUGUCUCUAUCCAGAUAUUUAAGAAGUGGAACAAAGGAUUUCCUCGAUCAUCCUUCCUGCUCAGACUGUGGGGAGGGAUUCACUCAAUCAUCUGACUGACUGGCACGCCUGACAUUUUAAACAAGGGAGGAAACCCAUUCAUCUGAAGGGACAUCACCAAGUUGACACUGUGACGAGGCCAUUCACCUACUCUGUGAGUGAGAAGGGAUUCAGUCGGUCUUCCCACCUGUGGACACACCAGUAUAUCACACCGGGCAGAGGCUGGUCAUCUGCUGAAUUUGUGGGGAAGGAUUCACACGGUCAUCUGACCUAAUGGCUCACCAGGGAGUUCACACUCGGGAGCGGCCAUUCACCUGCUCAGAAUGUGGGAAGGGAUUCACUCGGUCAUCCGACCUACUGGGACAUAAGUUUGUUCAUACUGGGGAGAGGCCGUUCCUCUGCUCAUCCUGUGGGAAGGGAUUCAUUUCAUCAUCCAACCUGAAGGUACAUGAGCGAGUUCACACUGGUGAGAAGCCAUACACCUGCUCUGUCUGUGGGAAGGGAUUCACUUGCUCAUCGGAACUGAAGGUACAUCAGCGAAUUCACACUGGGGAGCGGCCGUUCACCUGCUCAGACUGUGGGAAGGGAUUCACUCAGUCAUAUCAGCUGAAGGUACAUCAGAGAGUUCACACUGGAGAGAGGCCAUUCACCUGCUCAGACUGUGGGAAGGGCUUCACUCGGUCAAUCGACCUCCUGGGACACAAGUUGGUUCACACUCAGGAGAGGCCGUUCAUCUGCUCAGUCUGUGGGAAGGGAUUCACUGCGUCAUCUCAACUACAGAGACACCAGCGAGUUCACACCGGGGAGAGGCCAUUCACCUGCUCAGAAUGUGGGAAGGGAUUCACUCGGUCAUGUCAACUACAGACACACCGGCAAGUUCACACUGGCGAGAGGCCGUUCAUCUGCUCGGAAUGUUCAAAGGGAUUCACUCAGGCAUCUCACCUACUGAGACACCAGCGAGUUCACACUGGAGAGAGGCCAUUCACCUGCUCAGACUGUGGGAAGGGAUUCAUUUGCUCAUCCCAACUGAAGGGACAUCAGCGAGUUCACACUGGAGAGAACCCAUUCACCUGCUCAGACUGUGGGAAGGGAUUCACUUGCUUAUCCCAAAUGAAGGUACAUCAGCGAGUUCACACUGGAGAGAGGCCGUUCACCUGCUCAGACUGUGGAAAGGGAUUCACUCGGUCAUCCCAUCUGAAGGAACAUCAGCGAAUUCACAUUCGGGACAGGCCAUUCACCUGCUCAGACUGUGGGAAGGGAUUCACUCAGUCACACGAAUUACUGGUACACAAGUCAGUUCAUACUGGGGAGUGGCCAUUCACCUGCUCAGACUGUGGGAAGGGAUUCACUCUGUCACACGCACUACUGGUACACCAGUCAGUUCACACUGAGGAGAGGCCGUUCAACUGCUCAGUCUGUGGGAAGGGAUUCACUUGCUCAUCCCAAAUGAAGGUACAUCAGCGAGUUCACACUGGAGAGAGGCCGUUCAUCUGCUCAGUCUGUGGGAAAGGAUGCACUAGUUCAUCCCAACUGAAGGUACAUCAACGAAUUCACACUGGGGAGAAACCGUUUACCUGCUCAGACUGUGGGAAGGGAUUCACUUGUUCAUCCCAACUGAAGGUACAUCAGCGAAUUCACACUGGGGAGAAGCCAUUUACCUGCUCAGACUGUGGGAAGGGAUUCACUAGUUCAUCCCAACUGAAGGUACAUCAGCGAAUUCACAAUGGGGAGAAGCCAUUUACAUGCUCAGACUGUGGGAAGGGAUUCACUUGUUCACCCCAACUGAAGGUACAUCAGCGAAUUCACACUGGGGAGAAGCCGUUUACCUGCUCAGACUGUGGGAAGCGAUUCACUCAGUCAUUUCAACUACAGAGACACCAGCGAGUUCAUACUGAUUAGAGGCUGAUCAACUGAUCAGACUUUGGGAAAAGUUUCUCUCGGCCAAAUCAACCAAAUUGUGCAUCAUUGAGUUCAUACUAGGAAGAGGCAGUUCACCUGCUGUGAAUGUGGAAAGGGAUUCAUUCACUUAUCUAUCCUUAUGACACACUACCUGGUUCACAAUGGGAAGAGGCGAGUCAGCUGCUGUGAACAUGGAAAAGGAGUCAUUCAUCUAACCUGAUGUAAAUCUCGCUUCGGCUAGCAGCUUAAUAUAUGGGGGUGAUAGCCACUCAGCCCGGUCAAACAUAAGAAAUCUCGUUUGGGUGGAUGCUGUGUGGUGUGUCCCAUGUUAUAACUAAGUACCCUGAAAUAACAAAUGAUACACAGUAUGUGAUUUAAUGAUUGAUCUUUAUAAUUCAUUCUUUGACUAUAGGGUUAGUAAAAAAAUCAAAAGACAAAAGGACCCCCACUCUCCGUUCACAUCUUCUCAUCUCUCCCCAGCAAAAAACACAAUAAUCUCUCUUCCAGACUCACAAGAAAAAAAAAAUUCUGCCAUCGGAAUGCCUUGCACUCCAAAACCCUGUUAUCACUAGUCAUAACCUAAAUAUUGCUGCUACAGAGAAACCAUUACAUCAGCAGUGAAACCUUACAGCGUGUUACACUUGUGACAGACUAGCGGGUUCACACUGGGGAGAAAGUUUCAAUAAGCUUCAUGCUGGAUAUUUGUCCAUCACCAUUGCUGAAUGCUAUUUUGAGAGUGACUGUAAGUGCUGAACUCUGCAAUUAUUGCUGCUGCUCACCACACCCAGUUCUGCACCCUGGUCACUGGGCAUGGGAGAAGAUUCUCCUGCUGCGCAUUCAACUUUACUGGGACAGGAGUUUAAUAUUCUGCAUCUGAGACAAAUAAAUCUGUUCCAUUUUAAACCCUGUCCUUGGUACUUACUGAAUUUACAUUACACCUAUUGUACAGUAGAGAGUCAACUCAGGCUGGCUGGACCCUGCUAGUGAUUCUGUUCCAGGACAGUCCUCUUAAAUCUUCCCCUGUUGUUCACCUCUUCCUCUGUCUGUAGUGAUGGGUUCCAAACAGUCACCAAUCUGUUUGUGAAGAGGUUUCCCUUGAAUUCUCUGCAGACUGAAGAAGUUAAGCUGACUGCAGUUCUGUCUGAGAUGUUCUUUACCCCUGAAAUCUCUGGACUGAGGAAGAAUUAAUUUCGGAGUUACCCUCCUUACUCAUGGCUCAUUACCACAUUAUUGGUCAUUUUCUCUGCUUCUAAAGGGUUGUUAGAAAACACCACUGUCUUCCAAAGACUGAAAGCAGAAUGGUAAACCAUUAGCAGGACGUUCAAUGGAGCAGGGUCAGAAACCAGAGACAAAUCUGCACAGGGCAGAGUUUGGGGCUCUGGAAGAUGGUUGGGGUAAGAACAUAUGAUGAGGAGAAGGGAAUCAGCAGUGGGGUAUGGCAACAAAUGACAGAGUAGCAACAUUUGGAAGCAGAUUGAUGGAGAAAAUCUUUUGGUGGUUUGACUGAUAACAAACUAUACCCGUGUGACCUCUAUGUGUUUGGAAUGGUUUCAAUUAUUGAGGGUGUUGUUCCUGCUUGUUUAUCCUGUAAUAUUAUGUCUGGAUAGUUAUUAUAGAUUGUCCUAUCUGUAACAAUGUAUUGAUUAUCAUAUCAUUUGUAAGAUUUUGACUAUAAAACUGGAUCAGGCUUGAACUUACAGGCUUGUCUGAAGUGAUGGAGGGCAAUCAUGAGUCAGUAUUUUAAAGCAAGAAUUUGGUGAAUGAUAUUUUAUCUUUAUAAGUAACCAGUUUGAGUUAAAUUCCUGCUGGAUCCUGGAAUGUGUUGGAUUGUGUCUGGUUUCUCUUGGCAUUUCCAGCACUUACUGCCUUAAAUACAAACAAUAUUGUAUGUAUUUUUGAUUUUAUUUUCCCCUUUUGUUAAACAGCUUGUCUUGUAUUCCUGCAAGGAACCCCUCUGUUUCUGGUAAGAGGAGUCAACAUCUUGUCAACAUCUUCCUUGUCAACAUCUCAUCUGCUGAGAUUGUUGCGAUGCCAUACUCAUACCACCUGCUAAUGAUUUCUUCCAGAGUGAUGAUUUAUUUUUCUGAGUUGGCCUCUCAGUUAAUUUUUCUGAUCUGUAUUCCGUAUCACAACUGUAUAUACACACAUGGAGUGCUGAAUCCAGUUCAUUUUUCUUGAAAAUAUAGAAGUUUUACCUGA